UUGGUUCAAACACGGCUCCGUGGCAACUUCCCCUUCCCACUUGGCACGAGCAGGAGGCGAGGGGACUGUAUCCCAUGGCGGAGACGGGCAGCGGAGCGGGGGCGGCCGGGGACAACCCGGCUGGGCAGGCCAAGACCGCUGAGGGAGAUGCGGCUGGCACCAGGGGCGAGGCAGCCCCCGGGACAGGCAGCUCGCACACUGCGCAACAUGGGACCCCGCUCGUCAGCUACGUGGCCGGCCUCGAUCGGGACACCUUCAAAAUUUGCAAGGAGUUCCUGAGACCCUUUAAGAAGUCUCUCAGGAAGCUACGUUUGCCCCAGCACCUCCCCAAGAAGAAAAAAGUGAAGUACACAAAGGAAAGCCUGACCAUAAUCGGGGACCGCAUCAACAUGUUUCUUCAGCAGCACUGCAAAGCUUCGGAGGUCAAGCACUGGAAGACGGUGAUGUGGAGGUUCGUCUCCCUCUUCUCAGAGAAGGACGAAAGGCAGCUGCAGAAGCUGUAUAAGUACAUCAAGAGCAACAGAAUGGACAAGUUUAAGCUGUUAUGCUGUCAUUCAGAAAGCACAGAUUCAGUUCCAGGAAGAAAGUUGAGGGAAACAAGCAGGAGCGGCCCUACAACAGCUGGGACCUUGGCGGAGGUACCAGAGGCGUCCAGGAACAACCAGGGCACAAACCAGGGCGCAGAGGCUGUCACCACAAACGCACCCACCGGGGCACAGCCCAGCGGUGAGAACGACGGCUGAGGUUCUCACGGACAGCUCAGAGACCAACAGAAAGGAAUUAAUCUGGGAUCAUCACCCAGCACCCUGUGUAGAAAGUAUGCAAUAAAAAGUUCUCAUGGUUUCCUG